CGCACACUUGUGUCUAUCAGAGCAAUAACAACGGCGAGCAAACACGCCACAGAACAAACCCUUCCCCGAAUAAUUGCCCCUAUAACACAUAUCGCAGUUACAUCUCCACCCGAUCCUAAUGAAGAAGCUUCGGCCUGACUGACUGGGAGAUGGGAGUACAAAACAUAACAGACCAGACUCCACUGGUCCAGGCUAUAUUUAGCCGGAAUGCAGAAGAAGUGAAGUUUUUGUUGCACAAGAAUGAAGAAGUCAAUGCACUGGACCAAGAACGCCGUACCCCCUUACAUGCUGCUGCGUGUUUGGGUGACGUUCACAUUAUGGAUCUUCUCAUUAAUUCAGGUGCUAGUAUUAACGCUAAGGACCAAGGCUGGCGGACUCCCCUGCAUCGGGCAGCUGCCUCACAGAACGAAAAGGCCGUGGGGCUGCUGCUGAGACAGGAUGCGGAGGUCAAUGCCAGGGAUAAAUUCUGGCAGACGCCGUUGCAUGUGGCUGCAGCCAACCGGGCCACACGCUGCGCUGAGGCUCUCAUCCCCAAGCUGAGCAGCCUGAACGUGGCGGACCGCUCCGGCAGGACUGCUCUGCACCACGCUGCACACAGCGGCCAUGUGGAGAUGGUGAAUUUGCUCCUCAACAAAGGGGCCAACCUGAGUGCCAGCGAUAAGAAGGAGAGGCAGCCAAUCCACUGGGCCGCAUACCUCGGGCAUCUGCAGAUCGUGAAGCUUCUUGUGUCGCGGAGCGCGGACGCCAUGUGCAGGGACAAGCGCGGUUAUACCCCGCUCCACGCUGCAGCUGCCAGCGGCCAGAUUGAGGUGGUUAAGUACCUGCUGCGGCUGGGGUCAGAGAUUGAUGAGCCUAACGCCUUUGGGAACACAGCGCUCCACAUGGCGUGCUACACGGGCCAGGAGGCGGUGGCCAAUGAGCUGGUGAACCGCGGCGCCAACGUCAACCAACCCAACCACCACGGUGGCACGCCGCUACACCUGGCCGCUGUCUCAACCAACGGGGCACUCUGCCUCGAGCUGCUAGUCAACAACGGUGCUGACGUCAACAUGCAGAGUAAAGAAGGGAAGAGCCCUUUGCACAUGGCCGCUAUUCACGGGCGCUUCACCCGCUCCCAGAUCCUUAUCCAAAACGGUGGGGAUAUAGACUGUGUAGAUAAAUAUGGCAAUACUCCUCUUCACGUUGCUGCUAAGCACGGCCACGAGCUGCUGAUAAGCACCCUGAUGACUAACGGUGCUGACACAGCCAGACAAGGGAUUCAUGGGAUGUUUUCGUUGCAUUUGGCUGUGCUCUACGGGUUUUCAGACUGUUGUCGCAAGUUACUCUCCUCAGGUCAGCUGUACAGCAUUGUAUCAUCUCUAAGCAACGAGUAUGUGCUGUCAGCCGGGUUUGACAUAAACACCCCAGACAGCCUGGGGAGGACCUGCCUGCACGCCGCUGCCUCUGGAGGAAACGUUGAGUGUCUUAACUUGCUGUUGAGCAGUGGUGCCGACUUGAGUAAAAAGGACAAACUGGGAAAAGCUCCUUUGCACUACGCUGCUGCGAAUGGGAGCUACCAGUGCACGGUUGCCUUGGUGAGUGCUGGUGCCGAGGUGAAUGAGCUGGACCAGAAAGGCUGCAGCCCCCUGCACUACGCUGCCGCAUCGCAGACCUUCUGCCGAGUGGACAGACAUUACUCAGUCGGACACCAGAGUGAGGAGAGGGCAAAGGAGGACUUUUUUUGUUUGGAGUAUCUGCUGGAUAACGGGGCUGACCCGGCUCUGAGGAACACCAAGGGUUACAGCGCAGUCCACUACGCAGCAGCCCACGGAAACAAGCAGAACCUGGAGCUGCUCUUGGAGAUGUCGUUCAACUGUCUGGGAGACGUGGAGAGCAGUGUUCCAGUUAGCCCUUUGCACUUAGCCGCGUAUAACGGUCACUGUGAGGCGUUGGGGGUGCUGUCUGAGACGCUGGUGAGUCUGGACGUUCGGGAUGCGGGGGGGCGCACCGCCCUAUACUUGGCGGCCCAGAAGGGACACGCUCAGUGCUUGGAGGUCCUGCUGUCCCAUGGGGUCUCCUGCCACCUCAGGGAGCGGCGCAACAAGUGGACCCCACUCCAUGUCGCAGCUUCCAACGGCCAAACAGACUGUCUGCUCAUGCUGGUCAACCGAGGGGAGAAGGCUGACAUCAUCGACAUUGCCGACGUACAGGGACAGACGGCUCUGAUGCUGGCAGCUCUGGGCAGCCACACUGACUGUGUCCACAUCCUGCUGGAGAAGGGAGCCGGGGUCGACGCCGCCGACAAGCGAGGCCGCACUGCCCUACACAGAGCUGCGGUGAUGGGCAGUGAGGACUGUGUGUCGGCCCUGCUGGAGCAUGAUGCUUCGGCUCUGUGCAGGGAUUUCCGGGGGCGCACCCCCCUGCACCUGGCCGCCUCCUGCGGCCACAUGGAGCUUCUGCGCAGCCUGCUGCAGGGCGCCACACGCACCGACCCCCUCGACUCCAUGCUGGACUACAGCGGAUACACUCCCACCCACUGGGCCGCUUACCACGGGCACGAAGACUGUUUGGACAUUUUACUUGAACACAAACCUUUUAGUAUCCAGGAAGGAAACCCCUUCACCCCAUUGCACUGUGCUCUAAUAAAUGGCCAUGAUGGUGCUGCUGAACUACUGGUAGAGACGGUCGGACCUCAGAUGGUGAACAUCAGAGACGCCAAAGGAAGGACCCCGUUGCAUGCAGCUGCCUAUUCGGAGAGUGUUGGCGGGCUGCAGCUGGCCCUGGUCCAGGGGGCAGAGGUCAAUGCCGUGGACACCACAGGACGCUCCGCCCUGAUGGUUGCCGCCGACAACGGACGGACCGCAGCCGUCGAGAUCCUGCUGCACCAGGCCAAGGCAGACCUGACCCUGCUGGAUGUCAACGACAACACCGCCCUUCACCUGGCCUGCAGCAAGGCUCAUGAGAUGUGUGCCCUGUUAAUCCUGGGAGAGAUCAGCGACCCCUCCCUCAUCAAUGCAACAAACAGUGCACUGCAAAUGCCCCUUCAUAUCGCAGCGAGGAACGGUCUUGCUACAGUGGUCCAGGUGCUCCUCAGCCAGGGGGCAGCUGUGAUGGCUAUAGAUGAGGAGGGCCACACCCCGGCCCUGGCCUGUGCCCCUAACAAGGACGUGGCGGACUGCCUGGCCCUGAUCCUCUCCACCAUGAAGCCUUUCCCUCCCAAAGACGCCAGCGCCGCCGCUUCCUUUGGCCUCAACCUGCUGAAGCACUGUGGCAUCGCCACCACCUGCGGGCCCCUGCCCAACGGCACCCUGCACCACGCCUACGCCAAGGACCGCCACGGCACCGCCGGCCUGGACGGCUGCUUCACUGAGUGAAGCGAACCCCCAACCUGUUUCCCUCAGACCUCCCUACCCUGUCCCCUUAUAUCUUUAACUAGCCAGAUCUGCCCUCUUUAAUCCACUAUGAUCCGGGGGACCCCCCCCUUCUAACACACACAACAAGAGCAGGAAUAUACUUUGAAUUAUAUGUGUGUAAGUGAGCGUGUGCGUUUGGAUGUGUGUGUCGGUAUAUGUGCGCGUGCGUUUGUCUGUGUGUUUAAAGAAAAACUAAAUCCCUUAUGGGUGCAGUCAAACCUAUAUGCAAUUAUUUGCCUCUCCUCUGUGGCAUAUCGUCUCUCGUCGCUAGCCUGGCCUUAGGUCAGACACCCUCUGUCCAGUGUCCAGGACAGAGCACGUCACUGAGUCCCUCUGAAUCGUACCGGCAGAGUUUCUGUAUCAUCAUGAAGUUAUCACGGUUUUGUUGAAUUAACAGAUUCACAAGCAUGUGUAAUAAGCUACGGUCGAAAUUAAUUCUAAAUUAAAUUUAAAUUAUUGUGAAUUUUUGAUAUUGCACUUCAACAACGAAUGAACUUACCUCGCAAAUCCCAGUGAAAGUGAUGACCUAGUAGAAGGAGAACGGUGCCUCGCCAACUUCUACUCUGACUGAAACUGGUGCAAUAUGCAGCAUGUGUGGGUAUUUCCAGUGCUGUGCCUCUCUCCGAAGACUAGAAUAAAACUGAAGUAGUAGAGCGAGGGAAAGAACGGGAGAGAGUGAUAGACCGUCGCUGGGUUUGACUGUACAGUUAAGAGUCUGGGUGAGUUGAGAGCUCUGCAGAGAAGCCCAUGGAUUUGAAAACAAGCGGUGACAAGCUGGUGUUGACUCACCUAGAAGUCCGACAACAAGCACCUCACACUUGCUAAGGCUGUCUCAGUGACCUCAUCCACCAGGUCCAGUAGAUGCCUGACUUUUGUUGGCUGGGUUUUUCUGCAUUAGCCCCCUCUCACUGAGUCCAUACUGAAGGGAGUCGUUGUGGGUCUUGCCUGAACCCCACUCCCGUUCGUCACUGUUGUAGAAUACUUUUGGUACCUUAAGGCGGUUCUAAGACGUUUCUGGAUAUUUAACAAUGUGCCUAUGGAAUACUGAGAGACAACCACAACCCCUUAACCUCACCUAGUUUAUACCCUCUGAUCUCCCACCUGAUUCCUGAUUAUUUAAGAAUUUAAAAGAGAACAAUGCUAGUGGGACAUUUUUAAAGGAUGAAAUGUAGAUUUUAAGAGAAAUGGGUUUAGCACACAUACUGAACAGCAUAAGCUAGUUUUGUUGCUGUCGUAUAAACACUUGUUUACAUAAUGUAAAUGGUUGUCGUAUUUACUUGUGAAUCGACAGUCUAAUAUGUUUGCACAAUAAGGCCAUGCCUCCAGUAGGAAAAUAAAAAGCGUAGACGUGUUUUCAAUAUAGCUGCUAAAAUAUUGCUGCCUUUUCCGUGGAUUCUAUUCACGGUUUCUGUCAAUGCGGGUCUACAUUUGGUGUGUACAUUUUUUUUUUUUCAUUAUUGGGAAGCAAUAUUUAAACAGACUUCAAAUUCUUUAGCAUUUUUUUUCUUUUCAUGCAGUUUGCUGUGUGGAAAGGUUCAUGUUUUUACCUCAACAUUGGGGAUAACUUCAAGUUUUCAAGAAAAUAAUUUGCACUACCUCCAAAGUUAAAGUAUUAUUUUUCAAAUGGAAUAGGUAGAAUGUUUUUUAAAAUUGUUUUUCUAUUCUUUCCAAACAGCCAUACUUGAAAAAAAGUCAGUAAUCCCAAUCAAACGGCAUGCGCUGUAAUCCUCACUUGUCACGUUGAUAGGCACAGCAUUGGGAGUUGUCAAAAGUACAGCCAAAAACACAAAUGCAUUCCUUUUAAAUUUUAAUUAGGCACGUCUUGUACUUACCUCAGAUUUUAACAACGCGACUCAUUGACUCCUGUUUGGGCCACACUAUAGAUCCAUGAAUUUUUGUUGAUAGCUUCUCUGCCGCCUUUUGCACAGUAGUUGAAUCAGUUUAGUUUUAAGGGUAAUCAGUUGAUUACGCUAUUUAUGGAGAUUGUUAGUUAUGUUCAUCUGAACAGAAUUCAAAAUGAUGUUCACUCCGUUUGUAAUUGUUUUCUUGAGAUUGUAAAGAUCCCCCCUCCAAAACAAAACAAAAUCAAUCUUUAUCAGCAUUUGACCCUAGUCAAACAUUCAUAAAGUAAUUUUAAUAUUUAAAAGGAGAAAGUAUUUUUAAAUCCAUGGUGUACUGUAACAUUCUGCAUUAGCCUGCCUUGUAUCUGUAUUUUACAUAUUACAUAAAUGUAGUUAGAUGGCAAAAUUGCACAAGUAGUGUUACUGUACUGAUGCAUAUCUUUUCUCUUACACCAUAUUGACAAAGUAUGGCUGACACAAAAACACACAUACUUAUAUUAUGUUGGUACGGUUAUGUAUGGACAGCUACUUUUUUUAAAUUUUUUGAGAUGACAAUCAGCAUCACAAGGGCUUUUUAUUUAUAAGUAAAUGCUUUUCGCAAGUUGUUUUUAAGAAGUGUCUUUCGGGAUUUAGUUUGAGUCAUUGAGUCAUUUGAGUAUUUCUUUACACCCGUUUUGAAGUAUGUGUGCUCCCAGUUCUCUUUUUUGGCAACAAGAACACCAUGUUGACAUGUCUGGUACAAAUACCUCCAUUGUGUUAUACACUGACAACCUUAACCCUCUUCCUCCGUUACAUUGUUGUUUCUCUCUGAAUAUGCCUCAUUCCUAUUAUCAGUUGUCACCUAGAAUUGUUCUCUUUUGAAUGGAAUAUCAAAAUCAUUUUGCACAUCUCCUUCGAUGUACGUACUAUUCAUUAUAUUAAGAGAGAAAAAAAAAGUUGAUGCAUCAAUUUCUGAAUCAUAUUUCAGCCUGAGAUUCAUUGUCAGCUCCUGGUGCAUUCAAUCAUAGGGCUGGGAAGGAACUGUGUUUAAAAAAAGGAAAAGCUUAUCUUGCACCUAUUCAGAUGCCAGUAAUGUUGUUCCACAAGGUUUUUAAUGUCAAAGCCUUUAAAAAAAAAAAAAACUAAGAUGACAAAGUCAAUAUCCUUUUCAUGAUGUAGGAAUAGCAAAUUCCAAAACCAGUGUCGUUGUUCCUCAUAUUUAUACUAAUAUGCUAAAAAAAUGAUUGUAUUAAGCUACCUGAAAUUUUUGUGGCAUUUUACAUAAGCCUUUUUAUAUGAUGUCAGAGAAGGUUUAGGCCCAGUUCGAUGAGGUGAGAUCACAUCGAAUAGUAAGCCAUUUAAUAAUGUUCUAGGGUGAAUUGCUAUGUUAAUUAUAAUUGUUGCGUUGAUUUAAAUGAGAAUAGGAACUUACUAGAUCACAUUUUUUUCCCUCCCCUAUAUUGUGUAACGGUGUGACAUUUCAUUGACCGUGGAUUUGGUGUAGCCUACGGUUUUGUUGUCGUUAGGCUGGUUAGACACGACAUUGAAAACCCCAAUCUCCCUUUUGGAAUAUGUUUUAAUGUGAAACUGAAUCCCUUACUGAUCAAUCGGAUGCCUAAAGACAUACAAGUAAAGAGUUAAAGGACUAAAUUCAUGAAGCCCCUUUCCUUCCCCUUUUUUAAAAAAGUUUGUAUUUCCUCCCUCCAUAUUUACCUAUUCUGUUUACACUGUGGGCAUAGAUUAACCUAGUAUUGUGAUCUUUGGGGCCAUAGAAUGUCGGAAAGCAUUUUAGAUUUUCAGUGAUGCAACAAAAACAACAAUUUUCACUCAGUCCUGACCCAAAGCACUUAUUUCAAGAAUAAGCACUUUUGUAUAUUUAAUAUCUCUAUAUGUGUAUUUAUGAAUACCGGUACAUACAGUAUGUUACCUAUGUAGAUAUAAACUUCUAUUUAGGGAGAACAAUACCUUCAGUGGAGAGAUGAGAGUACAUGAACUGGUGACUGAUCUUGUGGGAGAGACACACUGUUUAAUUGGAGGGGCAUGUUUCUCUUUUGGGUUAGCAUAAGAGAGCAGUGAAAAGUCUAUGGUCACACCUUGGUGUGCACACGUGUGCAGCAACAAAAACAACAUUUCAAAUGGAAAAUUAUACUUGCGCUGCCUUUCAUUGAGUUGCCAAAAAGCAGGGGAUGAAACUGAAAAACACUUGACUUUAACGAAUUUGAGAUAUUACGUACAUUUGCAGACAUCUUAACUAAGCCAUAUUAGUCCAUUGCUGACAAAAACGUGAAUGUAUGGUCUAAAUUAUGGCAGGGGUUUUGGUUUUCGAGUAACUGACUUUUGCCGCACUGUUUAAGUUAAGUUCUAGAAAUUAUGGGAAAAGAAUGAAAAAUGGACUAAAGCAAAAUAAUCUUUACCUCUGCCUCCUCAUGCAUAGAUGUGGUAGGAUUGUGUUUCUUCUUUUGAUAUGAAGGGAUGGCUAACUAAUUUGUGCCAUUGAAGGGUAUUAUUGCAUUCUGCGGAUGGGUUAGCCUAAAAACGUGGUACAUCCAGCAUAUAUAUGCCUUACGUUUAGCGGUACAAGCCUCACUCCAAUAUAAUCGUUUUGACUCUUACAAAUCAUUUGGUGAAUGAUACUUUUAGUUCCUCUCUAGCUUUUGUUUGUCAACAAUGGGCACUAGCGCUAAUAGCCGAGCUAUCCCUCCUCUUAACCAUGGACUCACCAUGGACUGCCUUUACAAUACCUCUUAGAAAUUAUAUAUAGUUGUUUUGCUACUGUAUGUUUUGUUUGUAGUGCGUAGCCGAUUUUUACAUUUGGGAAUGUGUCCGUUUUUGUCUAUCAAAACAGUCGACCUUAAUAACUCCCCAUUCUGUUACCUAGACUCACAAGUGCUGUAGAAAUACCUGUUUGUCUAUGAAAAAAGGAAUUGUCUUUGAUUCUCAGUGGAGAUGGUAUUUGUGUGAUGCUCAACACAAAGAGAGGAAUAAUGUUAUUUUUUUAGGGGAUUAGAUUGUGCUUCAUCCUUUUUUUAUGAAGGUAGAAUUGUAAUUCUGGAUGGCAUCUAAUGAAUUUAACUAAUGUAUCAAUUAAACAGUUUUUGGUUGAUGUUUCACAUGUAACAUCUGAAAUGUUAUCAGUAUGGUAUGGAAAAGCCUCUGUGUAGAAUUAUUUUGUGUUGUAAAGGACGAUAAUACCUUACAAUGGCUCAAAUGGCAAAGAUGGACAACUUUCUCAAAAUGCUUCAGUUUGUAGGAAUGAGAGACAUGGGCGCUUUGGCCAGUGGAUGGAGUGAAAUAGAUAGCAUUAGAUAAUUGUGAAUGUGCAUGGUGGAAGACUGAUCAAGUCCAAAUUGUAUUUUGAAAAAGCAGUAUGGGUAGAAGAUGGUAAAAUUGCACAUAAGUAAUUGAGUCCGAGUACUGUAAACUGAGUUACAGGAGAAGUUGGGGAAAGAACUAUUAAAAACUUUGGAAGGAAGCAGAUUCAACACACCUUAAUUUCUUUCUUUUUUUAUUUUAUUUCUAUAGAUUAAGAGUAUUUAUGGAUUUUGGGCAACUGACAAAAUGUUGCCAUCAGAUAUGUGAGUGGAAAGUAGGGUCGUGUUAAAAUUGGAGAAUAGGAAGAACAUACACUAUUGGUAUAGUGGCCUAAUGUAGCUGCCUUUAUCUUGAUGAGACACUAUGGUCCUUCUAGUGAGAAAGCAUUCAUAUGUUUUCGAACACUUAUGUCAUGCUGAUUCAAUAACCUCUAAAUUAGGUGUGGAAGGGAUAGAAGUUUGAAACAAAGAGCAUGUUGGUUUCUUUUAGUUAUGCCAGUGAUCACCAUGGUGAUGCUGUCCGUAACGUAGUCCUCUGGGAUAUCUCCCAUUUACCUCUAGGACAUCGAUGUCCUUCAUUACUUGAAAAGUCAUUGGAUUAAGGCAAUAGCUAGGCAGUUACCUUUUUUUGUUGUUUUUUUUAUUCCCAUUUGAAAGGAUUCUUUCAAAUCAAGAGGACACCGUGAACAUUUCCUCUUCUCCAAGCAUAAUAUAAACGGCAGAAUUAGAGCUUUCUUUGUUAUUAGAAUUUGUUGAAAAUAAAUGGCUACAAUUUUCUCAAAAAAAGUAAGCAUGUAAAAUGCGGUACAUCAUAUUAAAUGGAUUAAACAAGAUUCAUUCAUCUCAUGACGUUUCUAGUCAUAAAUGACAUUUGAUCACCAAAACAAACACCUCUUGAAAUUGACAGAAUUAUGUCAUCUUCAAUGUCCAGAUUCAUGCGUGAAGCACACAUUAAGUUCUUCCAUGAUUCCAACUUCUGCAUGUCUGUCCUAUAUCUAUGUAGACAAAAUGUUUCUUAGAGAAGAUAGCAUGUCUGAUCAUGUUAAGAUUCUUGAUUUUUAUAGCUUGUAGGCUAUGUUCAUGCCUUCAUUAUUCAUUUGUUUAUGUUGUACAACCACUACGUGGACAAGAUUUACAUGCUUAUUCAGUCGUAACAUCCAAAUUCUUGUUAAAAUUGAACCAAACUGUCGGCCCCACUUUUCUGCUAUUCGACCCUCCGGUUGUGUGGCCCAAGUUGUACUGUCUGAAGUUUGUCAGGUCCUAACUUGUUUGAUUACGUUUGUCACUCUUGUGCCUCUGAAGUUAGUUAAGGCUUAGUAACACUUGUUCAAAACAAAGCAAACUGAUGUAUGGGUUGACUUUAUUCUCUAACCGUAUUUGGCUUCUUUGAAAUACUUCAGAGACGAUGUAGACCCACCAAUAGCUUUAUUUUGUCUGUCUUCUCUUCCUCUUCAAGGACAGUUACUGAGUUGACCCUCCAAAUAGACUAUAGAGGGAUGCACUGGUGUUGUCUCCUUAGUGGAGAGUAAUGUCCACACUAUUUUUAUUGUAUGCCUUCAUGUAUUACUUGAUUAGCCGUUAUCAGACAUUGAACAGCUUACCUCAAGAUGUUAUGUCUCGCAAUGAUUUUUACCCAAACCAGUGCAUUUUACUGAUGUAUUGGACCUCAUUGGAGAGUAAAUGUGAUACAUAUUAUGCAACUAUUUUUGUCACUUUUUUUAUUUGAUUUUAUUUGAUGGUUGUUUCAUGACUCGACUGCUUCUUGACAGCCACCCAUAGGAUGGGGCAAUGCAAGUAGGAAUCCUGGGUGGGGCAGUGGUCUAAGGCACUGCAUCGCAGGGCUAGAGGCAUCACUACAGACCUGGGUUCGAUCCUGGGUCUGUAUCACAAAUUGCCAUGAUUGGGAGUCCCAUAAGGCGGCGCACAAUUGGCCCAGCUUUGUCCGGGUUAGGGGAGGGUUUGGCCGGGGUAGGCUGUCAUUGUAAAAUAAGAAUUUGUUUUUAACUGACUUGCUUGGGUAAAUUUAAAGGUUAAAUAAAAUAAAUAAAAACAGUUAAAUUACGAUAUUGAAUCAUGAUGAAAUCAUUAAAGAAAUGCUUCGAUAGGCAACCAAAGGAGAGAAAUGUCUUGGACCGGAAGUUGUUUUAGAUCCACAUCAUAAAGUAACUUAUUUAUGAGACUUCUGUGCAUUUCUAUAUGUACUGUAUGUCACAUGGCUGGUCAAAAUUGUUAUAGUUAAAGAAUGUUACCUUGUAAACUGCAAAACCCAGCUCCUCUAUGACCACCAAAUACAAUCCUGACUGACACUUUGUCGUGAUACAGACGGGCAUAAUAAACUGUGUCCUUACAAAACCAUUGAGUGAAUAGUUAAGUCCUUGGGGGAAUUUUUUUUUACACAUCAGCAAAAUGGUCUUCCGUUCAUGCCAAUUGAAAGCCUUAUUGUUGAUAAAAGUGGAGGUCAUACCUCCCAGGAACACAACUGCUCACAAUUACAGACCCGGUGAAGCCAGUGAGCCAUUGUUGUUCAUUCAAAACACAACAUGAUUCUAGUGCUUCCCAGUCUUAUCAUCCAUCCAUGUCGUGCACUGUGGCUUCAACUCCUCAAGCAAUUGUUAAUUGGUUGGAGAAAUAUACAAAGAAACACUCAUGCUGUUGUCAUAAAUCCAAACACCCUCUGGAUGUACAACUUGACUGUAGUUUAUUUUGCUCUCGUUUGAUUCUUGCCUUUGGCUUGCUUGCCAUAUUUGUCAAGGGACCUGAAAAAACACAUUGAAAUAGUGUUGAAUCCCAGUAGUGAUAAUACUGGAGUUAUAGUGUGAAUUCAUAAUAAAAGCAAUAUUGGCAAGUGCACUUUGUUGGGUGUUCUAAGCACAACAUCACUAAAAAUGCACUUCAGACAGAGUAGUGUGUAGAGAUUGUUGUUGAUUUACCUAACUAAAUGGUAUUGAAAUUAACAUGGUAAAUUAUUAUAAAGCAAGACUUUUAUUUGUGACAUUUGUAGUACCAUUUUAGCAGUAUGUUGUUUUGAUCAGGAUGUAGUUUUAGUUGGUGUCUGUACACCCCCCUUAUACAAAAUGAACCGACUUAAGAUAAUCACGAAUAAACGUUGUGGCUUAGGCAUUUUUAGGCUAGUUUUUAUGCAACUCCUUUAAUUGUGUGUGUUUAGAUUGUUCUCUGUACUACAACAUGUUCUAAGAAUAGGUGGUGGAAGAAGAUUGUAUUUUGUGGACAAGGAAGUCAAUGGAUUGCUAUGCCACAGAACUUAAUGUUUUGAUUACUUUUACAGUACAGUGAGUAGGCAUAGAGUUCUGUGUUAAGUGUGUUCGUGUGUGACGAUUUGGGCAGUUAGCUGUCAUGUCUUCAUUAGUGAGUAUGAGGUCAAGAGUGUGCGAUGGAGUGUGCGAUGGUAAUAUAAACCGCUAUCAGCAAAAGGGCAAAGAAAAAGUGUGUAUUCAUUCCUGUCCAUUGUAUUUCUUUACCCACUUCCUGGUUUAUAAAUACCCUAAAGAAUAUUGUUUUUUCCUUCUAAUUAUUAACGUGAAAUACAUUUCCUUUGAAACACAAGUGAUGUAUGUAAGAUUCUGGUGCAAUGGCCUGUAAUAGUUUUUGGUUGACUCAUUUUAAAUGUUAUUGUUAAUUUGAGCAUAUUUGAAAAUAAAUUAGUACAGUAUCCUACGUGCUAUGUGGGGUAGACUAAUAUGCAUUAACAGACCUUUUGAAUGAAAUUUAAAGCACUGGUGUAAUUGAAAGCUUGAGGUUGGUGGUUGGUAGUCCUUUGCUUUAACAGCCCUCAUUUUUACUUUGGUUCUGGAUAUAUUAGCGUCUUAUUCAGGAGGGUGUCUCGGUUUGACUCAGUCAUUGGACAUUGCUUUGUAUUAUGCUAGGAUUUGUUUACUCCAAUAGACCAGCCAAGCAAAAUGUAACACAAGCCCGGUCUACGGGCUACAACCUUGAAUUAUUAUGUGCUUUGACUGUCCGUAUUGCCUCUGCUAGAAUUUCAUUGGCUUCUUGUUUCGCUGCAAUUUUUUUCACCAUAUUGGAAGUUUUGGGUUAAAGUUAGUAAUUGGUCAUAAAGUUGAACGUUAGGCAGGUAUUUUAACCACUAAUAGUCCCUAUCUGGUUGUAGUCCAUAGAAGGGAUAGAAUAUGCCAAGCUGAUGUUGACUUCCCAUGUGACUUCAGCAUGAACUGUAGUUGAUCAUGAAAGUGUUAUUGUGCUUCAUUUAGGCCAAACUAUAAAUUAGGAGGUGCAAAAUGAGCAAGUGGAAAUGCAUGAAAUGCUUUCUCUUUGGCACCUUUCUGUUUUGAAGUACUGCUGCCUGGUGAAGAGCUUGAGCAUGCCUGCAUUCAGUAUUUUCUAGAGCAUUCAGUAAACAUUUCUUUUAAGUUUUAUUAGCAUGAGUGUGUGAUUUUUGAAUCCAUAUUACCUCAAAUAUAUCAGUUAAAAGUAAUACAUUUAAGUUAAAACAAAUGGUCUCACCUCAAAUGUCCAUGCUAUUUUGAAAGUUACUUUUACUGCUAAUGUAAUAUGAUCAUGUUUUAUUUUGCCUACCUCCUUGAUGCACAGCUACUCUUUGUCUCCUUAGCUCAUAACCACCUACAGUGAGCUACAAAAGUAGUGUGACCGUGACACAUUUGGGGGGGGACUUAUGUACAAAAAGUGCUGUAAUUUUGAAACGGUUCACCCGAUAUGGAUGAAAAUACCCUAAAGGUAAAGCUGACAGUCUGCACUUUAACCUCAUAGUCAUUGUAUCAAAUCCAAAGUGCUGGAGUACCGAGCCAAAACGGUUUUCACUGUCCCAAUACUUUUGUAGCUCAAUGUAUACUAGUGUCUGGAAAAUAUGAAAGCAUAUUAAUCACUUUUGAUCAAAGACAAAAAAAAAAGUGAGCUUGAUUUUGUGUGUGUGUGUACGUGCGCUUGUAACAUGGAAAGAAAAAUGAUAUCCCAACAACCACUGGAAUGUGAAGCCAAACUGUAUUUUGAUCGAAUGAAAUCUCUUUUAAGGUCUAACUGUUGUAGCAUACAUGUGAACCUCGUCUCUGGUACAUGUUUUCUAUCCUUCAGAUACUUGUUGCAACAAGGUACUUUAUGAUUGUUUUUUUUAAAACCCCGUCCUGAAAGUAUCCACCAGGAAUCAUCCUGUUUUUCACAGUAUGGUGGGUUUUUACUGUAAGUGUGUAAGUUGAGCCAUACGUCUAAAAGUCUAGUUUACAGCUGCAACUGUGUCUACAACUACCAGAGAUUAGGAGAACGUGUGUGCAUCUUAAUUACAAAAGCAACAUAACUAAAGCUGUUAUUGAAGUCAAAUUAUGGAGAUAUGUGGUGUUUGUGUGAAGGGAAAUCGUAUUGCAUCCAGCCUUAAGCCUUCAAACAAAAAACAAAUCUAGACCUUAAUUUGUGAUCAUGCUACCACCACAACUCCAUCACCUCUCCCAACCAACUGACCUUUGACUUUUUGACUGAAGCAUAGGUAUGUGAUUUACAGUAAUAGGGGUUAGAGAUCUAUUCCAUAAAAGACACACACACACAAAUACCCUUCCAAACCUGAACAAAUCUCCAACAUGUUCAUUAUUUUGACAUUGCAAUCCUUGAAAGCACUUUGCCUUGUUAUAUAAUUGUGUGCUACUGAAUGGUUAUUUCUUACAAAAUGUUCCGAAAAUGUAUAAAAUACAUGAUUUAAUGAUUUUAGUGAAACAGUGUAAUUUGCAUUGACCUUUCUGACAUUACAGGAGAAACUUAACAAACCAAGGCAUUGAAACCUGAUCGAUUUUAUACAAUGUAUGCUACAGCAUUUGAGUCUUGUCAUUCAGUGUUGUGGCUUAGGAUUGGUUAUGUUUAAAUAAAUUGCUAUUGCUUAAUAUAUAUCUA